UCAACCUGCGUGUGCAAGUUCGAGGGCGGCCACGUCGAUUCGGGCUUGAUCUCUCUGCUCCAGCGCCAGCUCGAGCGUUGCGGACCGGAGAACCUCGUCCGCCAGGAGCCCGUCGCGAAGGGCUGGGCCGUCUACGACUGGGUGUUCGUCAGUGUGCUGGUGGUGUUCUCGUUCCUGUUGGGGCUGCUGUCGCGGGACUUCGCUUCCGUUGCUAUGUCACACAAAUCGAAUACCGUCGAGCGCCUAGCUCGUCUGGUCAGAGUGCUCGCCUACUACGAUCUGGCCGAUAACUACUGGCACGAGCGCGUGCUAUUGGAGCCCAUCGGGGGUACGCGGUGGUUCAUUGUGACGCCGCACUUCGACCUGUACGACGAGGACCUGGGCGAGGCCUUGGACUUGAGACCUGUCGGGCCGCGCGGCGGCAUCGGCGUGGUCUACGGAAGGCUGUUGCGCAUCGACAUGGACGAGUUCGAGCGUCGACGGCCUGAGCUGCUUCGCGCCGCCCGCGAGUGUGCUGAGGAGAUUCGCGCCGAGGAGGGCCUUCCUGCUCCUGGCGACGUCGGCCCCGUGCUUUUAGGCGACGCUGCCUCCGGCGAGCCCGCCGGAGCGGGACCUCCACCGCUUCCUGCUCCUGCUGGUCCGCCGGCUCCAGGCGCGGGCGAUGCUGGAGGUGGCCUUCGCGACUGGGAGGCGGCCGAGGCCCGAGCUGGCUAUGAGAUUGGCGACCUCAUCUCGAGGGUGAGGCCCAAGGUGGUCUUCGGCGAUCGGGGUGUGCUCGAGCUGUCUGACGGGGGCGCGUUGGCGGUGGCGCUGCCUGGCACCGCGUCGCGGCCCACGCAGCGCGGCCAUGACGACAUCAGGACGCUGGCGGUGAAGGUCGACGGCCUUGGUGAUCGGAGCAGGCCUUUCCCGGAUGCUGUGAACUCGAUGCAGCUCGUGGGCGUCGAGGGCUGGCCCAUCGUCGGCCCUCGUACUUGCUUGUGGCUGCUCAUGCAGUUCGUCAAGCUUAACUUCGACCCGGGGGUGGACGAGCAUGCCUUUCUCAGCGAGAUGCUGGAGGUCGGGUGCCAGAUCGACCAGGUGUGCCUGCCUAACCUCGUGUUCUUCGAGAUGGUGUGCCGGAGGUGCCAGCUGUGGGAGGAGGUUUACAGCGCGGCUUUGCGCGAGGCCGAGGGGGGCGGUGGUGCAGGGGGCUCGGCUUGGCUCGACGAGCGCGAGAUCUUUUUGGGGCAGCAGAGGGGGCGGGGGGCCGCCCUAGUGGCCCCCGAGCUGAAGGAGUGGGUCGCGGAGCGCCUGCAGAAGGAAGCCGCGAUCCUGAAGGGGAGGGGGAAGGGGCGGGAGGAGAAGCUCCUGGCCGCUGGAGUGGCUCCUGCCGGGGCCGCCUCUCCACCGCCUUGCGCCUGCGCGAACGUGCAGGCCCAACGCGUCGCUGUGCGCCGCCUCGCUGGCCUGUAUGGUUCGGUGAGCUUCCCAGAUUCGCACCAUGAUACCCAUGCUUCGUGGAAGGCGUUGCAGGGGCUUCGGCCGGACUAUACUGAGUCCGAGUCGGAAGGUGGCGGGGCGGUCUACCAGCCAGGGGUGAUCUCGUUGCCCCGUGGAGGCGCUGGCCGGGUCGACUUGGGCUCGAUCAUGCCGGGGCCGCUGCUCAAAAUGCUGGAGGCUGGCCACGGUUUACUGCGCGAACCCGCUGAAGUUCAGUCCUUGUUUGAAUCGUGUAAUGAUAGCUUGCGCUAUCUCGACCCAAUGCUGGCGCGGAGGGGGUGCGACUUUGGCCGCGCUCUGUCGGAGCUGUUUGACGCGGGCGUGGUGGAGGUAGACUCUGGGAACGCUCUGGAGGAGAUUGGUCUACUUUUCGCGCGGUGCAAAGACCGCAAACUUCGCUUCAUCGCCGACACUCGUGCUGCUAACCUUCACUUCGUCGAGCCUGCCUACGCUGAGCUCGCCAGCCCGGAGGCCCUCGCCGCUAUCGAGUACGAUGGGCCCGACGUGAUCGGGUUCUGCCCUGGGGACGUCGAGGUGUGUUUUUACCAGUAUGAGCUGCCUGAGUGGGCGAGGCGGUGCUUCGCCUUGCCCGCGAUUAAGGCUCAGUACUUGCCUGCUGCGCUUCGUGGUCGGUUGGGUCUGGCUCGCGACGCGUCGGAGCUCAGGUUCAGGUUCCGCGUCGCGCCGAUGGGCUGGAGCUGGGCGGUCCACCUGAUACAGCAGGGUCACCUACACGUCAUGGAGAGAGCGCUUCAGAGUGGCCGCUGGGUUCUUGACAAGCGGCCCAGCGUUGACCUUCGGCAUGGCGAAGCGAAGGUGCUCUACAUCGACAACUUCGCCGUCGCCUCCGUCGACCGGGUGCGUGCCGAGGGGGCCGCCCAUGUUAUGCGUGGGGCGCUGGCAGAGCUCGGGGUCGUCAGCGCCAUCGGGGCUUGCGACGGCAGCAAGGCCGAGCUGCUGGGGUGCGAGCUGGGCCGGGCCACUGGCCGAUGGCGUAUCAAGCCUAAGCGUUUUUGGCGGCUCAUGGGUGCUCUCGACUACCUGCGCCUGCUUGAGGCUAAGGGCAGGAAGGUCACAGGGCUCGAGGUUGAGCGCGUCCUGGGGCAGGUCGUGGCCGCGUGCAUGCUGAGGCGGGAGUCGCUAGCCACGCUGUCCGCCUGCUACACCUUCGCGGAGACUUCUGGGCUGAAGCGCCAGCCGCUGUGGCCCAGCGCUCGGCGCGAGCUCUUCUGGGUACGCUCGUUGCUGCCUUGCGUCGUCGGCGAGACGGGCAAGGCUGAGGUGGCGCAGGCUCCGGGCGCUGCCCUGAUCCUGACCAGCCGGGUGUCGGAGUUCCCCGAGGUCAGCGCGAGGGCCCUGGCGCGCGUGGUGGGGUGCGGGCGCUGGAGGCGGCGUGGGGCGAUCCACUGCCUCGAGGCCGCCUCUGUCUGCUGGGCUGCGAGGAGCAUAGCUAAGCACGCCCGGCGGCAUGGCCAGCGCCACCUCGUGCUGGGAGACAACAUGUCGGUCACCCUUGCACUGGCAAGAGGAAGAGCUUCGGGUCAUCGUCUGCUGCUUGCCUGCCGAGUGGUCUUCGCGGUCGGCGUUGCGGCCGACGUCCGGCUGCGCUGUCGGUGGCUACCUUCGGAGUGGAACCCCAGCGAUCAGGCCUCUCGUCGGUAUCAGCCGCCUGGGCUCUCAAGCACGAGCGUGGGCGCGGGCCGCGUGCAGAGAAGGGCGCUGACGGCUCGGUUGCCGAUCCCGCCGUCCACCUGGAGUUCAGGCUCAGGCCCAGCCGAAGGGAGAGGCAGACGAUCCCGCUCGGCGUGCCGAGUGACCCGAGGCUCGGACAGCACAGCGAAGGUGCCCGCCUUGGGGUGCCUGGGCGCUGGUCGGCGGCCGUCGGCCUCGCAGCGCAGGCUUGAGCCGACCGAGCAGCGCGGCGACGUGGAGGUGCGGCGCCGGGUCGAGCGAGAGCGGCAGCUACUCUGCCCCCGCCUGCCCCGGCUGGCCGCCGAGAAGGUGGGGCUGAAGACCCGGGCGAUCUACCUUGGCGUGCUCAGGGCUUUGUUCGCUUGGCUCCGCCUGGGCUGCCUCCCGGACUGGUCGCUGGAGGACUGGGGCUGCGCCCCAGUGGAGUUCGUGGAGUGGCUCUUCGACAAAGGCGGGGCUGCUGCGACCGCGAAGCGAGUCGGGUCCGCUCUGCUCGGGGGAGAUCUUUGCUUUGCUCGGGGGUCCUUGCGCACCACCUUCCCGGUUUUGUGGCAGGCGCUGAAGGGUCGGGUCCAGCCGCGGCCCGAGUUCUCACGCCCUCCGCUGCCCUGGUUGGUGGUGGCCGCUGUUGCCCGAGAGCUGCCCGACCUCGACAUGGGCAUGACAGCGCUCGGGAUCAUGAUAAUGUUCGUGACCUACAUGCGCCCCUCCGAGCUUCUGGCGCUCCUGGCCGACCGUCGCGCUACCGAUCCCGGGCUAGAAGCGCUGGCGCCGCCCAAGACGAACGCGUUCGACAUCGGCAUGCCGUUGGACUUGGGGAGGCAGUGCUGGUUAGCCCGCUGCGUGGAGGUGGCGGUGCGCCGCCGUGGCCCAAGCAGUUCGCUCCUCGGCCUCGUGUGCGGGGACUUCGCCGCAGCCUUCAAGAUGGUCUUGAAAGGAGUUGGUGCCUCGGUGCUGCAGGGCGCCCUUUACUCGCUCCGCCAUGGCGGCGCCGACCACGACCGGAGCAUGGGCGCCAGGUCCUUGGCCGCCGUGCAGCAGCGCGGCGGGUGGCGCGCGUUCCGAAGCGCCACGCGCUACGAGAAGCACGGCCGCCUGGGGCUCAAGCUGCAGAAACUGGGGCCAGUGCGCCUGGCGCUGCUCCAGCGAAGGUCGGCUGGCAUCGAGCUCGCCUUCGAGAGGUACUUCAAGCUGCGCUGA